AUGAUGUUCAAAUCUUUUGCCGCCGUGUCAGUCCUGUCACUCUUUGUAUCCUCUGCUGUUGCUCUCGAUGCCAGCCUGAAGAAUAAUGUUGCCGUCUACUACGGACAAGGCUACGACCAACCCCGGCUCAAGCAUUUCUGUGAACAGACCACGUCGGACAUCAUCAACAUCGGGUUUAUCAAUCAAUUCCCCAAACAUGUGGGCGACUAUCCUGGUUCCAACUUUGCCAAUCAGUGUGAUGGUUCCUUUUUCUCCGGUACAGGACUGCUUAGUGGCUGCCACCAGAUUUGGCAGGAUAUCCCCAGUUGCAAGGCGGCUGGCAAGACGCUCCUGCUGUCCAUCGGUGGUGGUAGUGCCACAACCGAGUCUCUCCCAGACGACGCCACCGGUGAAUGGUUUGCGGAUUUCUUGUGGUACUCCUUCGGUCCUUAUAAUCAAUCAAUUUCUUCAUUGGGUUGGACCGAGAACAUGCUUGGUCUGAUCUACCCACGCCCAUUCCUCACUUCCUCGGUCGAUGGAUUCGAUUUUGAUAUCGAGUACAACGGUGGAGUUGGAUACGCUGCAAUGAUCAAUCGUCUGCGUUUGCAUUUCAGCACGAGCACCGAACAAACCUACUACAUCUCCGGCGCGCCCCAGUGCCCCAUUCCUGAUGCUCAGCUAAGCGACGCUUUAACCAAGUCGCACUUCGAUUUCCUCUGGGUUCAGUUUUACAAUACCCAGGGGUGCUCUGCUGCAGACUAUGUCCACGGCACCGGCAAGUUUAACUUCGAUGACUGGGUCGGUGUCAUCGAGAAGAGUGUCAACCCCAAUGCGAAGCUAUUCAUCGGUCUUCCUGCAUCCGAAAGUGCCGCUAGACCUGGAUUCUAUCUGACCCCUGACGAGGUACAGCCCCUUGUCAAGACGUACAUGGACAAGCACCCCAAGCAUUUCGGUGGCGUCAUGCUCUGGGAGGCCACAGCCGGCGACAACAACCUCAUUGACGGGACACCAUACACUGAGCACAUUAAGGAUAUCCUGUACGAUUGUGCUCCUCCUCCCCCUGCCCCGCCUUCUACCACUUCCACGGCGCUCGGUGGCCUCUUCCAGCUCGGUGGCCUCUUCCAGCUCGGUGGCCUCUUCCAGCUCGGUGGCCUCUUCCAGCUCGGUGGCCUCUUCCAGCUCGGUGGCCUCUUCCAGCUCGGUGGCCUCUUCCAGCUCGGUGGCCUCUUCCAGCUCGGUGGCCUCUUCCAGCUCGGUGGCCUCUUCCAGCUCGCCUCUUCUAGCUCGGUGGCCUCUUCUAGCACACCUGUUAUCUCCGCCGAGACUUCCUCUGCAAGCAUCUCUAGCAGCUCCGUCACACCUGGGGGUUCAGCUCCAUCGGGGAACCCCGUUCCCCAACCCUCCACCACUGGAAAGCCGUCCCACGGCUCGCACGGCCAUGGACACGGCCAUGGACAUGGACAUGGACAUGGCUCCCACACACACACCCACGCCCACACUGAUACCCACACGGUUCCAAGCGCCACUCCUCUGUUCUCAGGCCACUCUUCCAGCACUGCCUUUGACUCUUCUACGACUGAUUCUGGCGCCUCUUUCACUGGGGAAGGUGUAAUCCCGACCGGUAUCCCGUCUUCCAGCGACGAGACUUCUGGAAGUUCCAAACCUACCAGCGGCAACAUUAUCGGCAGUUCCAAGCCUAGCGGUGUCAAAACUACUGGCGGCUCCAACCCUACUGGUAGCGAACCCACCACAGCUCCCGCUGGAAUCACCACAACUCCCUCCGUGACUGGCUUGCCUUCCUCUUUAACUCCGGGUACCACGACAACUAUCAUCGUGACCUCCUACGUUGACAUUUGCCCAGCUGGCUUUACCACCAUCACCACCACCAUUACCAAGACAUGGUGCCCUGGUAACUCCGCCACCGCUACCCCAACCGGCGCCGCCGAGAUGACUGCUCCUACUUCUGGCCCUGCCACUUCCACUGCCUCGAUCCCAGAAGGCUGGACUACGACUGUGACUGUUUGCACCCACUGCGCUGCUACUCCGACGACUGUGACCCUCACCAAGCCCGUUGCCACUGCCACCACCACCGAGGUUGUGUCGCAGCCCACUGUCUCUUCGGUGCCUGAGGGCUUCACUACCACCGAGACUUUCUGCAAGCAUUGUGGUCCCACCGGUAGCACUGUCACCCUCACCAUCCCGGCUCCCACUGCCACUGCCACUGCCACUGUUCCUGGCUCUGGCUCUACACCAGGCUCUGGCUCCGCCUCCAACCCCAGCUCCAGCUCCAGCUCCAGCUCUGGCACUGGCUCUUCUGGAAAUAGUUCCGGCUCUGGCUCCGCGUCCAACCCCGGCUCCGGUUCCAGCUCUGGCUCUGGCUCUACGGGCGAAGUUAAAGUGCCUGGUGUUGCACCCGUGGUGCCCUCUUCUUCCACCAAGCCCACUCCUAGCAAUGGAGCCGAAGGAUUCCACGCCGGUAGACCGUCGUCUAGCGUUGUCUUCCGCCCCUUGCCCUCGCGCACUGCUGCGUCUACCGUCGCAACUGCUGCCACGAACACACCCGCAGUGCCCACCAACAACUCCGAGGGCGUAUCCCCGGUCUUUACCGGUGCAUCCCCACGUGCCAAUGUGACUGGCUUCCUCGGUGUCAUCCUCACCGUCGCUCUUUCCAUGCUCAUGAUGCUGUGA